AAUGAGUGAAUCGGAUCAUACAUUUCAUUUCCCAGUUCCUUCUGGAGAAAAAAUAUUGUGGAAAUGUAUUAAAUACGAGCCUAGUGACAACCAGUUUAAUGUCUUUGUUCAGCAAUUUAUUGAAUAUGGCACGUUGAGGUCAUAGUUUAAAGCCGUGAGGAUUAUAUGUUUCACCAGUUGACAUACAUCUUUAUAUUUCAUUAAAAACAAUGUGGGAUAUUUUUCUGACACAAAAAAGAAAUAUGCGCGCCUUCAAAGAAUAAAUUCGUUACAUAUUUAUAUACACAAACGACCCUAUGAAAAACUAUCAAAUAACUUGUGACCAUUGCGGAGACAUAUGAUAGGCUAGACACGUGCGUAUUGCAACUCAUUUUAAAUGAUUUGUGCAAUGAUGUAGUUACAACAUGGUUACUAUGAAAGAAACAAAACGAAGAAUAACAUUCACAGCUGAAUGUUUUGUGUAGAAGCUGAUUAAACAGUUGGACGGGGCUAAAAUUCUUCUGCAUUUUGGUUUGCACUACACCGGCCUCAUGCAGUAUGGUUUUUACUAAGAUAAGGACAAGUUGCAAACACAACUGGAUUGUUUUAACAUUUGUUGUAUAUGACUGAGGCGUUUGAGUGCGUUUGGAAGCCGUCAUAACAUAAUGAAUACGAUAGAAACCUGUUGAUAUAAAGUGUUCAAAUCAUUUGCAGUGACUUCAUUUAUGUAAAGACAUUGCAAUUUCGAAAUACAUAAGUGAUUUGCUGAUAAGGAUAGGAAAUAUAAAAAAGUUAAGUAACGCACAGAAACUGUUGCCCACAGUGCUCUCUGUAUUUUGUGCUAAUACAUUUGCUAUGAGUACAAAUUAAACAGUUUACGCAUACCUCAAGUAGCAGUUGCACAACAUGCACUAUGACCUUUGAGAUCCUGCUUUGCACGUGUGUUAACGUCAUCAUGCUAACACUCGUUGUGGCCAUCAAUCCUAGAUGUGAUCAAACGCUGAAUACAGAUCCAAUAGAUCAACAAAUGUGGUUCGAAUGUCUCGUGGAAGACCUGUUUGAAUCCUCUAAAUACAGUCCUCUUGUUAGACCAGUGAAGCGAAUUAAUGACACGAUAAUAAUUGACUUUAGUAUACAGUUGAGUCAAAUAAUCAGUGUGGAUGAGAAAAACCAGAUCAUGAAAACAAAUGUUUGGCUUCAGAUGUACUGGAAGGACUAUCAACUAAAGUGGGAUCCAAAGGACUACGGAGAUAUUCAAGCGCUGCGUAUUAGACCGGAGAAAGCAUGGACUCCUGAUAUUGUCCUUUUUAAUAAUGCCGAUGGUAAUUACGAAGUGUCGUAUAGAUCCAACGUGAUAGUAUACCCGAAUGGGGAAGUUAACUGGAUACCGCCGGCUAUAUAUAAGAGUUCUUGCACAAUUGAUGUUCAGUACUUUCCAUUUGAUGAGCAACGAUGUGACAUGAAAUUUGGGUCAUGGACUUUUAGGGAGGACCAAUUAAACUUCACAUUUUACAUGGGCAUGAAUUCUCUCGAUGUGACGGAUUAUCUUAAAAGUGGAACAUGGGAUAUUCUUGACAGUCCCGCCAAAAUAGAACGAUCUAAACAUCCUGGAACAGGGGAGAUAAAAACGAUGGUUAUAUUCACAUUUCGUCUACGUCGGAAAACUUUGUUCUACACUGUAAACCUUAUUAUACCAUGUGUUUUAAUUAGCUUCGUAACAAUUUGUGUGUUCGCGUUGCCAGCAGAUGCAGGGGAGAAAAUAACUCUCUGUAUUUCCAUUUUACUUGCAUUGGUAGUGUUUCUUCUUCUGAUAUCAAAAAUUCUUCCGCCAUCUUUGACCAUCCCACUUGUUGCCAAAUAUUUAUUAUUCACUUUCAUUAUGAAUAUAGCCGCUAUAUCUUUUACAGUGAUAGUUAUAAACAGAAACUACCGUACACCAAGAACGCAUCAGAUGCCUUAUUGGGUCAGAUUUGUUUUUUUAAAUCACUUACCCAGACUUCUUUGUAUGGAGCGGCCAGAUCACGACAUCCGGUGGCAACCUCCAGAAAUUGACGAGAACGGAGACCAUCAUUUUACUUCACCAUUACGUCUUAGUUCUCAUGUACCGGAUGUAACUCAAACAAUGUCAAAUACAUCCGGUCAUUACGAAACAUUUGAUGCAUUAGAAUUACCGGAAGUGCAUCGUCAUCAGAGAUGUAGACUAGGUGUAUCUCCUGUUAGAGAACCGACGCCAGUGGUGGCUCAUUAUGACGAUUCGGCGAUCAUGCAUCUUUCUCCAGAUAUUGCUAAGGCAGCUGAAGCACUUCGAUUUAUAAGCCGUCAUCUGAAGAAUGAAGACGAAUAUAACACGGUGCUCGAUGACUGGAAAUACGUGGCUAGAGUUAUAGACAGACUGUUGUUGUAUAUAUUUCUUAUUGUUACCGUGUCUGGAACUAUAGGGAUACUGAUGCAGGCCCCGCAUAUACUGGAAUAUGUGGACCAAGAUCAAAUCAUUCAGGACAUAAUCAGAAAGUGGGACAUUGAAGCAACUUAAUAUACAAUGAAGGAGAAAACAGAAGACUACAAAAAUGUAUUUAAAUAAUAAAAAAUACAUAUUCAGGACAGUUCAAAACAUUUUUCUUUCAUAUCAUAUGGUUGAAGAGUUCGAAUACCACAAACAUUGUAUAUAUGAAUGUGAUUUUCAUUUUCUUAUUUUUAUUUUUUGAUUUUAAUUGAAAGAAGACGUCACGGCUUCGCACUUAUAGCAGGCAGAAUACCAAAGAUAAAUGGACAUUUGUCAAAAUAAUCAUGGCAGCCAAAACACGAGAAUCAGCACAACACAAUAAAUGCGCGUUUGCUUUCAAAGGGACGGAGAUUUAGGACUCAGCAUUGUAUGACUGUGCAUAUUAUAUUUGAAUUUAUAUACAAAAUUUUUGAAAACGUUUUACAAUACUGAGUCCUAAAUCAAGACUGAAUGGCAUAAACCUGGAGGCUUAUCCAUUAAACAACCAAAACAUUUCUUCUUUUUAUCUAUGACGUAAACACAUCAAGUAUUUCGCUAAAUAUAUAUUAUAUAUAAGUAACAAGUGAUGCUGCAUGCACACAAACAGUGCCAGUAAUAUAUUGAAAAGUAUGGUCUCAAGUGGAUCGUAUUGUUGCGCUGUAAUAAUGUCUCAAGAGGACCACACACUUGUACUUUAAAGUUGCUUUAAGGGGACUGCACAGUUUUACUAUAAUAUUUUCAAAAGGGGACCAAGUUUUUGUCGCAAAGGGACCACAUGCUGGCACUUUAAAGUUGUGUUAUACAUACUACACAAUUUCACUAAAAUAUUAUCGCAAAGGGGCUGCACAGUUUCACUAUAAUUUGUCGUAAGAGGACAACGCAUUUUCAUUUUAGUUGUCUAACUGGGACCAUAGAGUGUCCGAAAACUAACCAGCUAUAUUUUUUGCUUAAUACUUGUUAGAUUUUAACUGGGAGUAUUUUUAAAAUUCGCUUUUCCUGUUCAUUUUCCACCACCAAGAAAAAAUUAUUUUAGCAUAAGUGUAAAUGAUUAAUACAAUUAGCCUUAGAAUUUAUAGACUUUCAGAAUUUUUGUAUUAUAUUUGUCAAAGAUUUACGUUGGCAAUUACAUGUUUAGCCGAAAGGCAUUAGAAAUAUCAGUUUAAAAAUAUUGUAAAAGAAAUUGCAAUAUUAUUUUUACAUCCCCUUGCCUACCAAGAUAUAUAGGAAAGAGAAACUAAAUGAAUUCUGAAGCUACAAGCACUUUUUAACUUGACCUUUGGGCUAGAUUAUUAGAAUACCAAUUUUCUUGCCUACCUAGAGGGAAAGUAUACAUUUGGCCGAGCACGCGCCAGGGACAGAUAUUCCUGUCUUUCCCUGAUAGAAUGGAUUGCUUGUUUGUUUCUGAAGUAACAUAAGCACAGAUCGGGUCAGACCACAGACCAUUCUUAAGUUUUAAUGGUGGACGCAUAGACCAUAUAUGCCGUUGUGACCAUAAUUUAAGACAUGGGGACACCGAUAAUCUGCAAGCCAGGUGGAUCACAUGACGACCAAAAAGAGUUUAGAAACCACAUCGGAGAUAAAGUGAUUUAAAGUCGGCGUCCUCACCUACCCUGCCAAGAAUAUCACUGGAAAAUAUAUCUGAAGUCCACUCAUCAUACAAACUGCUUUCGUUCUAUUGCUAACUGUACAAUGGAGUAGAUAUAGCACGAAUAUAAUUCAAGAAAAAUUCCAUGUUUCUCACAUUAACUGAAAUUAUGACAUUACAUACAUUUCAUUUCUACAAAUUAAUGUGAUAUGGAUGUAAUAUGUUUUGAUGGGCAGUAACAAGUCACUGGUAUUGUACGAUGUCCAGCUAUGAUAUAUUGACAUACAUUAGUUGUCUUACUAAUUAUAUAGGCUAUAUUUGUAUAUUUUCCCUUGAUAUUUUAAUUUUUAUCAGGGUUUAUAAUGAAAUGCUAUGUUUUAUUAACAUGUUCCGCUAUUUCAAUCCUUACUUAUAAUGCAAAUAUAAAUUUUUUUAUUGCGGAUAAAUUCUGAUAACUGUUUUUAAUAGAUGGAGUAAAUUGUUUAUUUUAAGUGCAUGAUUAACUCUUCAUAACAGAAGAAUGUUAAUGCCAUGUGUACAUUAUUCAUUAUUCAGCAAAAUAACUUUAAUUUUCACGUAAUAAAUCGAAAAUUCCUGUUAUUAACAUACUCAACAUUUGGAGUUCAUUGCUCAAAAUUUCGCCCCACUAUCUUGCAAUUUUAGCCCUUAAAUGUGAGCGAAUAUCCGUCAAUUAAAGGUCAAGUUCUGUUACUAAGGGCUUAACUAGGUUGAAGGUAUUCCACACAUGGUAAAAAUAGUGAAAUAGUCUUAGUUUGUACAACAGCAAGUCACCUUCUAUGACAUUUCCCCAACUUCAAGAGCAAUCUUGAUCGUACUCGUCACUACGCGUUCAUUCGGAGUGUAUCUAUAUUUCCUUGCAACGUGGGUUCAAACGCAUUGAAAACCUUCGAGACUCAACCAUACUGAUAUUUUAAGAGCAAAUGCUGUCCAAUCAUCUUAUAUGGUCAUCUAGGGCUACAUGUAUCUAAUACUGACAAGAACCUAUACAUUUACUUAUACUAUGGUAGUUAGCAACUCGAAAUUUUGACUUUAGUAACUCGAAAUAAAUCAACAUAAACAUGGCACUAAUUCUCUGUUGUACGUGAUAGUAUUUUAUAUACAUGUUUUAAAAUAUUGAUGAUUAUAUUUUUUGUAGAAGUCCAGUCUCCAUCAUAGUCAGACAUGUAAUCAAUAGAAAUAAAACUUGUACAUAAACCGUUAUUCAAAGUCAUAUUUAGACGUGCAUCGAAUUUUUAGGAUUCUGUUCGUGAUGAAAAAUGAUAUCCUGUUUACA